AUGGCUCCGCCAGGCCCGCCACCCCGGGCUAUUUUUGAGCCCUUUCCUACCCAUCUCGACUUGAAGGAGCUGGUGGAAACCACUGAAAACCUUGUUUUUGCAAUGCGCAUUAAGUGCGAGUCACUCGAUGAGCAGCCUCGUGAGGUCUUUGACAAGCUUGUCCUAUACUAUGUGGUAUUGAUGGGGUAUCCCUUGGUGAUUGAAGGGUUCCAGGAGCAUCUGGACAAACGGCUAUUUUCUUCCAAGUGGCUGCAGCAAAACGGUCGAAGCGAGCAGGUGCGGGACUUGAUUCAUGGAGUGAACGUUCCAAUGAGCACAUCACAUUAUUUGAAGAGCUUGGCAAAACUCUCGAGGCCAAUUUUCUCAUCAAAUCCUCGCACUGACCAAAGACUGUAUCUGAAGGAUAUGGACUGCCCCCCGGAGUGGCAAAGAUCCUUGGAGCAAAUCAUCCCACCGUCGUGCUUCUACCUUAACGACGGUCCCAAACCAUACAAUGGUCCGGGGUCCCAUUUCACUUGCCUACCAGAGCACCUUGUCAAUCCGGAAGGAGAGUCAAUUGCCAAAUCAGGCGAUCUCAUGAGCUGUCUGCCCGAAGAAAUGCGUGCCCAGAAUCUAAUGUGUUACAUUGGCCCCGAAGGUACCUACACACCGGCGCAUCAAGAGAUGUGUGCCAGUCUAGGCCACAACAUCAUGGUAGAGGCGUCGGAUGGUUCAGUCGAAAAUGGAGAGCCAACACAGCCGGGAUCAUCAGUCUGGUUCAUGACUGAAACUAAAGAACGAAAAAUUGUGUCCGACUAUUGGGCCUCACAGCUCGGCCACAAUAUUGAUCUCGAGGAUCAUUUUGCACAACUCAACGCGUGGGUGAAUGCACCAUUCAAGGCCUAUGUGGUAGAACAGAGACCCGGGGAUCUCAUUCUCGUUCCACCGCUGGCGGCUCAUCAAGUCUGGAACCGCGGUACACGGACCAUGAAGGUUGCUUGGAACCGAACCACGGUGGAGACACUGAAAAUGGCCAUGAACGAGGCUCUUCCUCAUGCACGGAUGGUUUGUCGUGACGAACAGUACAAGAACAAGGCCAUCGUCUUCUAUGCACUGGAAAGAUAUUCCAGACUGCUACGAGCCGCCCCGACAGCCGAUCAUCCUACAGUCCAGCAGCUAUGGGAGGAUUUUGAAAAGCUGUUUUUGAUCUUCACCGAAAUUCUACUGUCAGAGACUCUUUCAUCAAAAUUCCCUGGAGAGAAGGGUAUUGAGUAUAUCAAAUUCGACAGCAACGUCACAUGCUCAUACUGCCGGUGUAAUAUUUUUAACCGGUUUCUUACUUGUUCUUCCUGUGCCACGGGUGGAGAUGACCCUUAUGACAUUUGUUUGGAUUGUUACGUGUUGGGUCGCAGCUGCCACUGCGUUUCUAGACUCAAAUGGGUGGAGCAAUUCCCGUGGAAACUUCUUCGGGAGCGACACGACACAUGGCGGCGCCAACUCAUCAGUUUGAACAAGGAUGAUAAAGACCGCAAGGCUCGCUUCCCCGUGUUCGCCGUUGCACGAGCCCAGCUAGGCCGGAAAUCUGUCGCGGAAAUUUGCCAGGAGCAACUGGCUACUCGUCCCUGGGUCGACCCCAACAACCCAACCUCCAAGCAGUCGAGGUCUGCGACCCCUCCCAGUAGGGCCGAUGACGAACAGCCACGAAAGAAGCGGAAAACCUCCAAAAAGGGCGCGGGAACUGGCUCUUGUCACAUGUGUAGGAAUGUUGAGCCAUCUUGGAAGUUGGCAUCAUGCUCGAGCUGCCAGUUAAAGUAUUGCUAUGCGAUACUUUACCGUGCAUUCGAUACCCCACCUCAGGAAGCAAUGGAGCGCUCCCACUGGCUGUGCCCUCGCUGUCGCAAGGUGUGCAACUGUACAGCUUGCCAAAAAGAUCCAACCAUGAGACCCCACGAGCCCCGUCGUGUUUUACUUGGACACGAUACUAGGAAGAUUGCCGACCCACGAAGUGUUGAGUCGCUGGUGACUCUACGUCUACCAAAUCUAAAAUGGCUUCCUAGCCCAGAGGAAAAUAGCCAACGCCGUCUGGAACAACGAAGGGAUAUUGAAGAAGAGCGGAAAAAGACAAUGCAGCAGGUUUCAUUGAACGGAAAUCAAGAACUUGUCAAUGGCGAUUACAUCCCAGUGGACCCUGCAUUAAUUGGAGCUUGA